AUGAAACAGACAAGAGUUCAAUCUGCUGCUACAAAUUCUCGUCUUCGAGAUAAUCAUUAUGAUCCUAAGGUGCACGCUAAGGCUUGGAUUGCUCCAGGAAUCUUUAAUUAACUACCUAAGUAUGAGCAUUUAGAUUCUGGUCUAGUGGUCAUUCAUUAGAAGAAUAACAAAAUGAAAAAGUUUAAGGAAUUGUCUGAAUUAAACUAAGAGAUUGAGUAAAUGCAACAGAAAGAUGAAUUCAGAAAGUUUAAGGAGUUUGAGAAUCUAUAUAAUGGCGAUUUGGUUGUGACAAUUGAAUAUUGUACAAAUUGUGCUCAGCAUGCAGGUUCAACUAGACAUGACGAAGAGAAAUAUUAUACAUUCGCCACCAAUUUAAAAUAGGAACUCAUUUAGUAAUAUCCAACAGCUAAAGUUUACUUGAAACCAUUGAUUUAUGAUCCCCAUGAUAAUUCAAUAGACACCCUCUAUAUUUAAAGGCGAAUUGGAGCAUUUGAAGUACAGGUCUGCUCAAAGAAUAGAGAUCAAGUUAAAAAAGGGUUACUAUUUUCCAAGUUGAAUACUAAGAUGUGGCCAAACUACACAGAAGUCAUUGAAAGAGUCAGUGAUUAUUUGAACACUGCUCCAUUGGAAAUUUAUGUCAGCUUUGGUGAGAACAUCACUGGCAAUCUAAAUAACAUUGAAGUCGCUCUGAUUCCACAUAGACAAGACAGACCAUAAUCAAGUUCUCACGGAUAUCUUCACAGACCAAAAGAACCAAUAGAACUGCCACGAAAGAAAGAAAAAUCAUUGCUAAAACUAAUAAUCAAGGAUGUUCCUGUUGAUGUAUAUGUUGUUGAAGUGCAAGAAUCUAAUGAUUAUCUUAAUGAACAAUUGUUAUUGAACAUGGUCGAAAUGGCUGAACAAAGUAAUGAUACAAUACAAGUUGUUAUUAAACUGAGAAAACAAACUCAUUCAUAUUUGGACUUUAAAAUAUUUACUUAAUAGGGUUCGAAUAUAACUGAAGCCAAAAUUACUAUAACAAAUCUUCAAACGCAAGAAAGUAUGUUAUCAAGAGAAAUCGAACCUGGCAGAUAUGAAGCCAUCUUAGAACCUAAUUAAUACGCUUUCACUAUUUAAAAGAGAGGUUACAAAGAAUUAAGUCAAAAUUUUGAUGCAGUUUAAGGAGUCAAUGAAUUUAAAUUGAUCCUUGAAGUAGAUCCAAAUGAUCAAUAACCAAUUAAGCCACCUUAGUCAGCCAAAUAAUUAUAACCAAUACAAAAACCAAGUAGUGCAAGACCAACUAGUGCUUAAAGAUCAUAAUAGGGUAGUAAUACUAAUCAAUCUUAAUUAUAAAUGAGUAAAUAAUAAUAAUAGCAAUAACAACAACAACAACACUAAUUAUAAUAGUAAUCAUAGUUACCACCUAAACCAAAGUCUUAAUAAUAGUCUAUGCAAUCUUAUGAGUAACCUGAAUAUAUGGAACCAACUAAAUAAGAAGCUAUAUCAAAUCCUAAUAGACCUAUUUCAGGUUAUAAAUCUACAUAGGUUUUUAUAUAUGAUCCAUACACUAAUUUACCAAUCGAGGGAGUUUAAGUCAUUUUGAAUGAAGAAUCUACAAAACAAGCAUAGACAUAUGUAACCGAUCAGGAAGGAACUUGUAGAAUAAUUUUAUAAGGUGUCUUGGAAGGGAAAAUGGUGAUUUAAACUGAAGGAUACUUCCCAAUAGUUGAAGAGUAUGGAACAACAUAAUCUAAAAUGAAUUUGUAUCAAUUGAGAGAAUUGUCAUUUCCUUUGAUUCAACAUCUGGAGGACAAGAAUUCAGUUAUGAUUUUAGUUUAAACCAAUGUAGAAGUGAUGCCAAUAGACAUCAAGAUGAUUCUACCUGAUAACGUGCAGAUUGAUUAGAGUCAUCAGAACGUACUGUAUGACUUGAAUGAUGAAUCUGGAUGCUAAAGAAUUAUAGUACAUGAUCUUCAUACGAGAAAAGGUGUGUAUAGAAUCAUUGCAGACAUAAUUGAACCUGAUUAUGUACACCCUCAACAUUUGAAAGUGUACAUCAUAACAAACAAAGAUUUGAAAUUAGUUGAUGUCCCCAAGACCAUUAAUUAAGAGUAGAUCUAUUGGGAUAUUGGUGUAAUUUGUGCUCCAAAUUCUGGAUUUCUGGAGAUCAACACUCCCACUGAUGAAAUUUUGAAGAGGGAUAAAUACCUCAAGGAUUAUCAGAGUUUGUUGCAAUUCUUGAAGAAUUCUAAGAAUAUGGAUCUUAAAACCAUCUUGGGAUUCAAUGACAAGGAGAGACUCGAAUUACAAGGAGAUGUCUUUGUGUAGAAAGAUAAGAUUAAAAACACUCUUGAUAAGUAUGGGUUCGAAGCAAUCACUAAUCUUGAUUAUUUGAUAUAUUCAGCCAUGAUGUCUAAUGGAUUGUACAGUUUCAAAAGACUGGAGUAGAAGUUUGGCAAUCUAGAUUUUGAGUUCAUAUUUGAUGAUGAGAAUUCAACUAGUAAACAGAAGGAGAUGAGUGAGGAUGAACCUUAUGAUGAUGAUUAUGAUAUAUGA